UGUCACAAGCGAUGUUCACGUUACCCAAGAAACCAUUGUGAGAAGUGCGAUCACGUGGGAACAUGUCUUGGCGGACGUUUGUUUGCAAGUUCGUGGUGUGUGGCCGUCCAAUUAUCGUAUCUGGUAGAUAUAUUCAUCCGCAAUUGUGGACACAAUGGAUAGAAUAAAUAGGGGAGGCGUUACAAAGUUCACAGACAUUUCGGUGGUCGAGUACAAAGAUGUUGACCAGCUGGAACCUUCUUCUCGUGGCAGGGUUGUUCUCCUCCACAGCGGAAAGCCUAUGGAAUUGGAACUUGAAGGAAUGCUUCGGCGAGCUCGGCUGUUUUCGCACCGGAGGUGACUUCUACGACCCGCUACACCGACCCAUAAGUAUACUACCCAAUAGUCGCCGGGCCGUGAACACCACUUUCCUGCUUUUUACCCGCAAGAACCCGAAGCAAGAACACACCUUGUUGUGGUCGAGCAGUUUGCACGACCUGCGACACUCCCCUUUCAAUGCGUCGAGUCGGACAAAGAUCAUCAUUCACGGAUGGCUCGACAGCAUCUUCUUUGUGGGGUGGAUGAAGGAGAUGGCGGAGGCAUUGCUUCUGGAAGGCGACUACAACGUGUUCCUCGUUGAUUGGAAAGGAGGAAACGGACCUCCUUACGCCCAGGCUACGGCUAAUACUCGACUAGUUGGAGCUGAAGUAGCGCUAUUAAUACAAAAGUUACAGAAUGCCUUCGGCGUCGACCCCAUGAGCUUCCACAUUGUGGGACAUAGCCUCGGGAGCCACAUCGCGGGAUAUGCGGGAGAGAGAAUAAAAACCCUCGGGCGGAUUACGGGUUUGGACCCGGCUCAACCUUACUUUAAGAAAAUGCCGCGAAGCGUUAGGAUCGACCCAACAGACGCAGACUUUGUCGAGAUCAUUCACACAGACGGCUCUCAAUUCUUUCCCAAUAUUUUAAAAGGCAACGGUCUGGGCUUGUACGAUCCCGUCGGGCACCUGGACUUCUACCCAAACGGCGGAGUGCACAUGCCCGGUUGCGACUAUGUCGCAAGAAUCACAAAGUUCUUUACUUCGGGGUUGAUUGCCGGCAAGCGUGCUUUUCUCUCCUGUAACCACCAGAGGGCCGUGGAGUACUUCACGGAUUCCAUCAACGACAAGCGCUGUCUGUCGAUGGCCUACGCUUGUAAAUCCCACGAAGUGUUCAACAAAGGAAGCUGCUCCGACUGCGGUCCAGAUGGAUCGCAGUGUGCGCCUUUCGGUCUCCAUGCUGACCGUUGGCGCCGAUUCAAGAAUGACUCUCAGUCUGUUCGAAUGUUCGUCAACACCAAUGCAGAGACACCUUACUGUCUGUUCGAGUACAUAGUCUACGUGAAUAUAGAAGGCGAUUCGAAUGCAACGAGACUUCGAGGCUACAUCCUCCUUACCUUACAGGGCAAUGAAGGUGCGACAACCUUGAAGCUACGCAACGGUGUCUUGCAAAUAUGGCCCACGACAAGAUACAAGUUUAUGCCGACAACGCCGUCUAGCGUUGGAAAAAUAAGAACUGCGUCUCUAAAAUACAUCAGCUAUGAACUUGUGAACAAACGAGGGCUCCACUUAAAAUUUGUUGAAAUCAGAUCCAUGAACAGUGCAGUGCUACGAAGCCAAAGAAGUGAGUCCACGUUGAAGAUGUGUCCCGAAAACACGAACAGAGUACAACCCUACGACACGGUUCCGCUGAUACCCUGCUGAGAAAUGACUUCACGAAUAAAUAAACUGACGCCAACUAUGA